AAAAGUAAAGUUCGACAUUGUCGCAAACCUAUGUUUUCUAUCUAUAUUUUAUUCAGUCAAAUUUAUGUGUUGCUUCAUUAGUCAUCUUCCAACCGAAGUUUCUAAUCAGAGGACAAUCUGUUGCAGGGAAUAAUACCCGACUUUAUAAUAUUUUAUGGAUGAAUAUGUGUCUAUUAUAUUACUUAAGAGACUCUUUACAUACUUAUUCUCACGACUUGAUGGCUCUAUGGUCAGCUAUGUCCAUUGAAUCGUUCUCUCAUUUGCCAAACAAGCUAAAUUGGGAUCCUACUGCAGCCUAUGGAUUGGAACUGGUUGUUUACAUCACACCAUUAAAAACCUUGUGGAGAAUGUCCAGUUUCAGAUUACAAGCCGCGUUGCGUAAUUUUUUUUGUCAGUUACUUGAAAAGUAAUGAUCAUGAAAAAAAUCCUAGCUGAGCAAUGUGUCGUGGGGAAUAAUAAAUGACGCGCGAAUUUCAGAUUCCUGGCCUGCUUAACCAUUCUAUACCUAUUGAUGCACAAGUCGCCCGACUAUUUAAAUUGGGCCGUGCCUGCUGCACCUGCAUUGGAUUUGAUUAACUGGAUUGACUCUGAUAAAACACUUGUAGACUUUAACCAUCUAAUUUUCUUUUUGGCCAAUACACGUUCAAGGCUUUCGUAAGGAUCUCGGGGGCUUCCUGGUGUCAAUCUGGUCGUAGCUGCAUUGUCGCUUAGCCUACCUUAUUAGUUUCAAGGGGAGUUGAUUAAGAAUACAUUUUUUCCUUCUUAAAGUAAAUAAUGGGUGCAUUACCCGAGUUGGAUGAUUACUUUGAUUAUCCAGAUGCAAUGAGGGAUGAAACAGUGGUGGAUAACUAUCAUGGGGUGCUUAUUCCUGAUCCUUACCGCUGGCUUGAAGAUGCUCAUUCAAAACAGGUCAAACAUUUUGUUUCAAAGCAAGCAGAGUUAACUGAAUCUUUGCUUCAGACAUGUGAAACAAGAGAGAAAUUGAGAGAACACAUCAGCAAACUCAGUGACCGCCAAAGAUACAGUCGCCCGUUCAGAAGAGGCAACAAAUAUUUCUACUUUUGUAACACAGGGCUUCAGCCUCAAAGUGUUCUUUACGUCCAGGACAACUUUACUGGGGAACCAGAGGUCCUAUUUGAUCCAAACAAGCUUGGAGAAGAUGGAACUAUUGCUUUGAGUAAUUGCUCUGUGAGUGAAAAUGGAGAAUAUGUGGCAGUUGGCUUAAGCUCUAGGGGCAGUGAUUGGGUGAAUAUAAAGAUCAUACAUGUGCCAGAUAAGUGCAUGGAGCCUGAUUCUCUAUUAUGGGUCAAGUUCACAUCCAUUGCAUGGACUCAAGAUAAUAGGGGUUUCUUUUAUAGCCGUUUUCCUUCUCCCAUGAAAGGAGAGGAGGUGGAUCAAGGAACAGAAACAAAUAUCAAUCUAAAUCAUCAAGUCUAUUACCACAUUUUAGGAACUAAUCAGUCAGAGGAUAUCCUCUGUUGGAAAGAUCUAAAAAAUCCUAAGCGAAUGUUCAAAACUGCAAUAACUGAAGAUGGGAAGUAUAUUAUUCUGUACAUUAGAGAGGGCUGUAAACCUAUGAAUAUGGUCUAUUAUUGCGACAUCACCACUCUGUCUCAACAACUUGAAGAAGUCAAAGGAAAUGAAGGCAUGCUACAUUUUAUUAAACUUGUUGAUAAUUUUGACGCACAUUACCAUCUCAUCUUAAAUAAUCAGACAAGUUUCACUUUCCGGACUAAUAAAAAUGCUUCAAGGUAUAAGCUGGCCUGUGUGGAUAUUAGAGAGCCAGAGUCUUGGAAAGAUAUGAUUGAAGAAUCUAAAAUUGAUGUCCUUGUAUCAGCUCAUGCCAUUAAUAAUGAUAAACUAUUGAUUUGUUACCUGAGGGAUGUCAAGUAUGUUCUGCAAGUACGGCAUUCCGAAACAGGCCAGCUGCUCCAUAACUUGUCAAUAGAUAUUGGGACAAUUUCAGGAAUAUCUGGAAGGCGUGAUGACUCAGUGGCAUUUAUCAAUUUUAGAAGCUUUCUUACUCCUAGUAUUAUUUAUGAAUGCAACUUAGAUUCUGAGAAACCAGAGUUGCAAGUGUUUCGUGAGAGUGUCAUUAGCCAUUUUGAUCGUUCAGAAUUUGAGACUAAACAGGUUUUUGUGUCUAGCAAGGAUGGAACUAAAAUACCGAUGUUCAUUGUGUCCAAGAAGAACUUCCCCCUUAAUGGGAGGCAUCCAGCAUUAUUAUAUGGUUAUGGUGGUUUCAAUAUUAGUGUCACCCCAUCAUUGAACAUUGCACGCAUUGUCAUUGCAAAGCAUCUGGGUGCGAUAUGUGCCAUUGCAAAUGUUCGUGGUGGCGGAGAGUAUGGAGAGGAGUGGCAUAAAGCAGGUUCUCUUGAAAAUAAGCAGAAUUGCUUUGAUGACUUCAUUUCCUGUGCCGAGUUCCUUAUUUCAGAGGGGUAUACACAACCUAAAAGGUUAUGUAUUGAGGGAGGUAGUAAUGGAGGUCUCCUUGUUGCUUCUUGCGUAAAUCAGAGACCUGAUCUUUUUGGAUGUGCCUUAGCUCAAGCUGGUGUAAUGGAUAUGCUACGCUUCCACAAGUUCACUAUAGGGCAUGCUUGGACAACCGAGUAUGGUUCUUCAGAAAAUGAAGAAGAGUUCCAUAGGCUGAUCAAAUAUUCACCUCUUCAUAAUGUCAAGAAGCCGUGGGAAAUGACUGGGGUGAAAAGUUCCCAGUACCCAGCAAUCAUGCUAUUCACGGCAGAUCAUGACGACCGAGUUGUUCCACUUCAUUCUUUAAAACUCCUAGCUACCAUGCAGUAUGUUCUAUGCAAAAGUGUGAAAAACAGUCCCCAAACCAAUCCCAUCAUUGCAAGACUUGAAACAAAGUCAGGCCAUGGAGCUGGAAGUCCCACAUUCAAAAGGAUUGAAAGAGCAGCUGACAGAUAUUCAUUCAUGGCCAAGAUGGUAGGUGCAUCAUGGAUUGACUAGACACUGCUGAUGUUGGUGGAAGAAUUGUUAUCAGCAAAUUUGAGAUGCUGCUAAACUUCAUUCAGCAAGGAGAAGUCAGAGCUCUGCAAAAUGUUUUCAAUGUGGUAUGUAAACUUAGAUGGGGUUCAUAUUCUGCAGGAUUUAGAAAGAGUUGUUUUUACUUCACAGUUUGUUCAUAAGGGGCUGUGAGAAAAAUAGUUCCCUUUUAUGAAAUAAAUGCUUCCUAUAAAUCCUAAAGGUUUUCAGCAAUGUGCAUGGGUUUGAGUGGGUGCAAAAUCGCAAUUUUCAACCAUGAAGCCUUAUUUUUCUGAGAAUUAUUUAGAUUGGAUGGCCUGUAAGAAGCAGCGAAGCUGGAAGCAUCUUGUAGGAAAUUGAAAGUCCUGGUUUGCUGCCCAUUUCCAUGUCUGCUACUUGUUGAUUUCAUUUCUAUGUUUUUGAGACAUCCUUUUGUAAGAGAUUCAGAGAAGCUGGGUGAAAGGGCGUUUUUAAAGCCAAAAAUAAUAGAACAAGAAUUUUAAGUUAUAAUUCUUAGGCUUAAUUACCAAACCUACAACUUAAGUUAUGUAGAGGAUGGGUCAAGCAUGUUAUGCUAUGCUAAUAGUAGCAAGUUUUGACAGAACCAAUACCUCGUUUUUUUCUGAGGCCAGAAGCUAUUGAACUGAAUCUAACAAUGUUAGUUCAGCACAUUGACUGUGACAUCAAUCUUCAUUUUAGUCAAGUAAACUCCAUUUUGAAGCUCCGCAUAUUUUGAAAAGAAUGCAUGGACAAACUGAAUAUUGUUGUGCUAGCACAGAUGCAUUGAAUAAGGAUGUUGGCACUAA